AUGGAAUCGACGAGCCUCGUACAGUUAUCAGCAUCAAACACAACGCCAAGAGCUUUAACUGCCGAUGACUUUUGGGAAUGGCGCCUUCAAGUCAAACUCUGGAUUUACAUCUCACCAGUUUUGGUCAUAGCGGGCAUCUUUUUCAAUACGUUAACCAUAAUCGUCCUGCUCCGGCGGAAGUUCGGUAAACCGUCCACCAGGAUAUUGUUGAUUGUUCUUGCUGUAAGCGACACGGUCGUCCUGUUGACAGGUCUACUUCGGCACUGGCUGAUUUAUACGUUUCGCAUAGAUCUCCGAGUCUUGACAAACGUGUCAUGCCCGCUGCAUAUAUUCUUCACGUACUUUUCUCGACAUUAUUCAAGCUGGAGCGUACCCUUGUUGACAGUGGAAAGGUGGAUUUCUGUGACCUAUCCUUUGAAGGUCAAUGUCAUUUGUACAAGAAAAUGGACACGCGUCGUCUUGGUUGCAAUUUCCAUAAUUCUUUUCACUCUGAAUUCCCACAUGUUUGUCUUUUUCAAAAGAAACGAAUCAAUGACCUGCACUUACUCAUCACAAGCGUACAGAAAUGACUUCUGGCUGACGGUAUGGUUUUGGUUGGACUUUCUAGCCUAUUCCGCCAUGCCUUUUAUAGUCAUUGUCUCCUGUAACUGUUCUAUUGUUUAUCAAAUCGUCGCUAGGCAGAACAGACGCAAGGAGCUCCAGACUUCCGGAGGAGAGAAAACUGAUAUCGCAUCCGCUCAGGUGAUGAGCAUAACCUACAUGCUUACCACCGUCAGUGUAGUUUUUCUCCUACUGACGCUGCCAAAAUCUGUAAGUUAUAUCGCCUACCGACAAAUCAGGGAUACCAGCCCCAAGUGGUUCUAUCAAAAGUAUCUCUCGUGGGCCGUGACAAAUUUACUUGGUUAUGUUAAUAAUAUGAUUAAUUUUCCUUUGUAUUGUGCGUGUGGGACGCAAUUUCGUCGGGAAGUCUUCGCUUUGUUUCGGGACUGGAGAAGAGGUGAGAACAGUCGAUCAUAGGUUCGUUUUAUUCAUUUUGUUCAUUUAUCGCCGAUACAGAAAUGUUUGUCUGCUUCACACAGCAGGGCCAGAUUUGAAAGAGUAGACAUGAACAUGUUACAAGACACAGAAUGAAUCAUCAAAUACACGUAUAUACAAUUGUAUCCUGUAGUAUGAUACAGUGGAGGGAAUCCCGGAAAGCAUUUGUCGGCCAUAAACAGAGGAGUACUUGUUUCUAAAAUGAGACCAAAUUUGGUUAAUGAAAUAAACAAUAGAA